UACACUGCCACUCGCAUCUGCAAGACGCCUGUCGAGUCUUCUUACGGAGUAUUUGCCUGCUUAUUCCUGAGUUUUUACUUGUCAACUGCUACCUGCCAACUGCUCCCGGCAGUGGACGCCCCGCAGUGGUGCGCCCAUAUUCCGGCGCAGCAUGUCUUUAUAUUUGGACUCGCAGAGUCGCAGCUUUGCCGAUAGCACUGUCGAGUUGUUCGUCAGGGGACAUCAUUGCACACACACAAACACAAAUUCAGUCUCCAAAAUACUAGCAAUUCACAAUGAGCCAAAUACACUUGGAUACUGCAGUCGGCAGCGAUGUCCCCGGAGUGAAUCGCCGGUACUCGUUCGUCGAGACGCCGCUCGAGAUGCACCCGGCAGGCCGUCCGUGGAAACAGGAGCCGGUUCCUGCUCUCCCUCCCACUGCAGAACAGUCGGUACCGGCGAUAGUGAGCGAAAAGGAACAGCAAAUGCAACAGGAACAGACCCAGGUUCCGUCACAUCAAUUACAUCCGGCGAAUUCCGCCCCUUACGCUGAAGAUCUGCAGCAGCAGCAACAGGAGUAUCAACAGCAUCAACAACAACAGCAUCAACAACAACAGCAUCAACAACAACAGCAUCAACAACAACAGCAUCAGCAGUAUCAACAAGAAUACCAACAGUAUCAACAGUAUCAACAGUACCAACAGUAUCAACAAUAUCAACAGUAUCAGCAGUAUCAACAGCAGUAUCAGCAGCACGAACAACAGGAGUGUCAGCAACACCAAGAGGGCAUAUCGCAGUAUCCAGUACAGCAAAUCCUCCCCAGCAAAGACGACAAAACAUCGAGAAUCGUUGCACCUGAUACGAACCCGCUCGGCUCUCCGACCUCGUUGCACUUCCCCCCACCGCCGACAGCACGACAUGCCGGAACGAUGCCGCUAGACGACCUGACGGCGUACCAUCAACCCGGCCAAGUUUCCCAUCCGAACCAAGAGAUCAAGGGCGGCACAUGGAGCCAUGGCCUGUGUGACUGCUCGGAUAUCGGGACCUGCUGCCUGGGAGUCGUCUGUCCGUGUGUUCUCUACGGCAAGACGCAGUACCGCCUCUCGCUCAAAUCGAGAAAGGAGAGCCCGACCAACAUGUUGGGCUACGAGUCGUGCAACGGCUCUUGUACGGCCAUGGCUGUUUUGUGUGGCUGCCAAUGGUUCCUGGCUACCAUCCAACAUACCCGUACGCGAAAAGCAUACGGCAUCCAAGGCGACAUCGCAUCCGACUGCGUCCGGGCUACGUGCUGCACCUGCUGCAUCCUCAUCCAGGAUGAAAAGGAGAUCAAAAAGCGCGAGGAGGAGCGAGAAAGAACCGUCCGCUCAGUGGGCGCGAAUUUGGUAUCCCCGUAUACGCCAACAUCCCCAAUGGUAUACCCGAUCUCGAAUGUAGAAUAAUAUCUUCUUCUUCUUCUUCUUCUUUUCUUCUCUUGAUACCCUUUGGCUUGUGUUGAACUGUAUAGAAUGAUACAAUGUACAUACUGAGAUAUAAUACUUGAGAGAAUAAUGAGCUCAUUGCCUAG